GGGCGGAGGCGGGGAUUGGUGUGGUGUGAUGGCAGGUGCGAGGUCUUGUGCCCCUUCAGCCAUGGCGUUCCGCGUGAGGAGCGCGUCGGGACGGCUGCGUUGCACCCGCGUAUCCCCCAGGUCUGCGGUCCGUUGAGAAGGUCAUGGGGAAUCAGGACCUACCAAGAGUUUUGGUGUCUGGAUUUGAAGGGCCAUCUGGUAUAUGUGAAGACCAUGUUGGAGAGCUGCGGAAACACUUUAAUCUCAUUACCGUGCAAGAAUUUCUGGAAAAUAAAACGGAGUUGGGUCCCAAGAUCCAGGCUAUAUAUAUGUGGAUCGGAAAGCCCGCUAUCAAUGAGGAGCUCCUGCAGGGCCUGCCCGCCUUGAAGAUCGUUGCCAACUCGGGAGCCGGCAUAGACCACCUGGACCUGAAGCUCCUGGCCAGCUUUGGCGUGAAGGUGGCCAACACGCCGCAGGCUGUUUGCGUCCCCACGGCCGACAUGGGCAUGGCCUUGCUGCUGGCUGCAGCGCGGAGAGUAGUGGAAGGUCACCAGCUGGCUGUCUCACCAGACACAAGGAGCGUUCCCACAAACUGGAUGGGUCAGGAAGUGACGGGGGCCACCCUGGGGAUCGUGGGCAUGGGCAGGACCGGCUACAAGGUGGCUCAGCGGGCCAGGGCGUUUGGAAUGAAGGUCGUGUACCACAACAGGAAACGCAGGAAAUUGGAGGAGGAGGAAGCUGUUGGGGCCAGUUACUGUGAGAAGCUGGACGACCUGCUCCCGCAGUCAGACUUCGUGCUGUUGGCCCUGAGCCUGACGCCCCAGACCCAGAGGCUGAUCGGGAGGCUGGAGCUGCGGCGGAUGAAGCCCACCGCCAUCCUCGUCAACAUCGGCCGAGGUCUGCUAAUCGAUCAGGACGCGCUGGUGGAAGCUCUGCAGACGGGGGUGAUCGCAGCAGCGGCGCUGGACGUGGCGUACCCAGAGCCCCUGCCCAGAGACCAUCCUCUGCUGAAGUUGAAGAAUGUCACUCUGACGCCGCACGCUGGAACCGCAACCCCUCAGGCCCGACAGCAGAUGAUGGAAAACUUGGCUGGCAGCAUCCUGGCCUCGCUCAGCGGGCGUCCGGUUCCCAAUGAAGUGCCGUUGCCAUGAGUGGCGUGGGCUGCGAAUUCGGAGGGAUGGCGCGCGGCAGAUUAAAUGGGGAAAUGUUACCUUGCGUGUUGUAUUUACGUUGGGGUCCAACGUACGGAUGCGUCUAC